CAUCUUUGCCGGGAAGCAGCUUGAGGAUGGCCGCACUUUGGCCGACUACAACAUCCAGAAGGAGUCGACUUUGCACUUGGUUCUGAGACUUCGUGGUGGUAUGCAGAUUUUCGUCAAGACCCUUACUGGGAAGACCAUCACCCUCGAAGUGGAGAGCUCCGACACCAUUGACAAUGUCAAGGCCAAGAUCCAGGACAAGGAAGGCAUUCCCCCGGAUCAGCAAAGAUUGAUCUUUGCUGGAAAGCAGCUCGAGGAUGGACGUACUUUGGCAGAUUAUAACAUCCAGAAGGAGUCUACACUGCAUUUGGUCCUCCGUCUCCGUGGUGGUAUGCAGAUUUUCGUCAAGACCUUGACUGGAAAGACCAUUACCCUCGAGGUGGAGAGCUCCGACACCAUUGACAAUGUCAAGGCCAAGAUCCAGGACAAGGAGGGUAUUCCCCCAGACCAGCAGAGACUGAUCUUCGCCGGAAAGCAGCUUGAGGACGGCCGCACUUUGGCCGACUACAACAUUCAGAAGGAGUCUACCCUUCACUUGGUCCUUCGUCUGCGUGGUGGUAUGCAGAUCUUUGUCAAGACCUUGACCGGGAAGACCAUCACCCUUGAGGUCGAGAGCUCUGACACCAUCGACAAUGUCAAGGCUAAGAUCCAGGAUAAGGAGGGGAUCCCACCAGACCAGCAGAGGCUGAUUUUCGCCGGAAAGCAGCUCGAAGACGGCCGCACAUUGGCUGACUACAACAUCCAGAAGGAGUCGACUCUGCACUUGGUUCUGAGGUUGAGGGGUGGUAUGCAAAUCUUUGUCAAGACCUUGACUGGCAAGACCAUCACCCUGGAGGUGGAGAGCUCCGACACCAUCGAUAAUGUGAAGGCCAAGAUUCAGGAUAAGGAGGGUAUCCCACCAGACCAGCAGAGGUUGAUCUUUGCCGGUAAGCAGUUGGAGGAUGGAAGGACCCUGGCCGACUACAAUAUCCAGAAGGAGUCCACCCUUCACCUUGUCCUCCGUCUUCGUGGUGGUUUUUGAAAUUUAUGCUCAUGUUCUUGAUUAUAUUUCGUAUUUUCGAACAAUCAAUUGGGGUUUCCCCCCAAUCUAAAUAAUGUGUAUCUGUAAUUUCUUUUUCAUCUCAUGUUUCCCUCUAUGUUUGUGUUGAACCAGACAUGUUUCCCUGCUAGUUAUCAUUGUUGAUUAAUGUUUCUAGGUUUUGCUCAAGCAAUUGAAUAUGCCCUUUUGUUUCUUCUUU